AUGCGUCAAGACGAGUGGGAUGAGUUCCAGCACAAUUGGUACCGAGUCUCGGCCGUUCUCGCCCUUCUAACCAACUCGAUUCUCGUUCAUUUGGUACUCUGUCACUCGCCAAAGAGUCUCGGAACCUACAAAUAUCUGAUGGUUUGCAUUUGUAUCUUUGAAGUUGUGUACGAAAGUUUGGACUUGGCUGCCUCGCCGGUAGGCAUUUUCGGUUUUCAAAAUGAUUUAUUGCGGUUGCAGGACAUGUACACGAAGGAUUCGGCGUUUUUGGUAGUGGUCAGCGAUAAGAAGUCUCCUUUUCCAGCCGCCACGUUGCUAAUCAUCAACUGUACGUGAUAAGGUGAUGCCAAUUAAAACAAGCCAAGUUUUCAGUGUCCUACUGCGCUUGCUUCGGAAUUUCCCUCGCCAUUUUCGCUGUUCACUUUGUCUAUCGAUACUUGGUUAUCAUUGGGUAAAUGCCAAAUUGUUCUAAAUCAUCAGUGAUGUGUUCAGACACAAGGAAUGGAUUAGACGAUCAUUGCGAAACAUCGUUUUCUGGUUGGUGGCUCCGCUCAUCUUCGGAGGCGCCUGGGUGCUCACGGCUAGAGUUUUCAUCUCGCCCGAACCGUUUUUGGAUGAUGUGUUGAGGUAAGAACGCUCAGCUGUCUGUAGAUAUAUCGAAAAGUUGUGUACACAAUUUCACAAUAAAAAGUUUAUUAGUACCACGGCGACCAAACGCACGGUUUAUCACCAUUUUGGCGCGAAAUUCGAAAUUUAACCCCAUUUUUCAUGUUUUUCGUCAAUAAUUACCCAAAGUUUGUACGAUUUCGGCGACGACGAUGCAUAAUAACUUUGUUAAACUAAUCAUCGCGGCACUUUUUGAGCUUAAAACGAGCAGGUUUCAUUCUGAAAUGAAUCAAUUGAAACGAUUUUAAGUGUUGUGCUGAAAAUGUGCGAAUUUCAGUCAUUCGCCGAUACUUUUUGCCGUUUGAACGCUUAAAAUACUUGUAUUAACGUGCUUAAUCACUUCCGACACUCACUUCGUCUCAAAACUAUCCACAUCGGCCGGUAUGAAAAUUCCGAAAUUGCGGCGGCGAUUGGCCGCGGAGAGCCUAUUGCGAAAUAUGCCAAAAACGUCUCAACGCGGCGUUUUCACUAAAAUUUCAAUUUUUUCUCUUUUUAAUGUCUCUUCUUUCGUCGAUAUCAACACACAAAAAUAUCGGAAAAGUGUGCUGAAAUUGCGGCAAUUUUCAGAAAACGCGUCUCAGAUUAGGCCACGCCCCUUUCUACACUUUUGGUCGCCGUGUUGAGAUGACAAAUUUUUGAUAUCUCUUCCCGCAGCUGAGAUAUAUCGUCUUAAAUGAAUUACAAACUUUCAAUGUUUCACAAGUCCCACUUUUAUACAAUUUUGCGUCAACGUUCAAUCAUUCUUUAAUAAACCAUUUUCAGAAAAGAGAUGAUAUCGCAGUACGGGAUGGGCGUGGAGAGCAUCGCCUACGUCGGUCCGUACUUUUACCCGACGGACAGGAACGGAACCAAGAUGGCCAAUUGGAAGGCCAUCCACGGAAUGAUUCUUUUCGUCGUCAUGAUUGUCACCUCGCUCUUCACAAUGGUUUAUUUCGGCCUCAAAUCCUACGUGGCGAUCAACAGCGCCGUGCCCCGUCUCUCCCAAUCCGUGCGCUUCAAGAGUCUGCAGUCCCAGUUGCUCUACGCUCUGAUCCUCCAAACGAUCAUCCCGUUGACCCUGAUGCACGUGCCCAUUAGUAUCUGCUUCUUGAUUCCCUAUUUCGAGUAUUCAAAAGAGGUCUUCGGGCGGUUUCUGACCAUUUCGAUUGCGGUCUACCCCGUUUUGGAUCCGCUUCCCAACAUGUUUCUGAUCAAGGAUUAUCGGAACGUUUUGAAGAAAAGUACAGAGUUGGAGGAACGAGAAAUCAAGUGGAAAUGAGAAUUCUUUCAGGAAUGUCUAUUAUUAUGGCAGUGCCGACGGAAGUAUCGACGCUGACUUUCAGAGGGACGACACAUGCUUAA